ACCUACGCACUACGCAGGUUUAAAUUUUAAUCCUAUUGCAUUAAAACCAAUAUCAUCUGCAUGUAGUCAGCAUGCAUCCAGUCUAUGAAUUUUAAAUAGAGAACAAACAUUUUUUUAAGUUUAAUAGUUUUAUAAACGUUUCUACCUAAUGUUAUGUGACAGUUCGUUUUUCUAAUAAAUCAGUUUAUUCCGUUUAUCAGUGGUUCAAAAAAGUGUAUAAUAUCUAUUCUUACCAACACUAAGCAAGGACAAUUAUUGAAAUAUUAUAUUAAGUUAUGUCAUUACCUAGUCUGUUAAUGGAUAUAAAAACGACUGAAUAAAAUAAAAUUCCACUUUAUUAAAAAUACAAAACAACAUAUUACCCAACUAUUGAGAUUUUAUAUAUUAAUUUAUAUACCAAUGGACAGAUCAAAGCAUAUUUUAUACACAUAUUUUAUCAGUCUCAUCUGAACCAUACUAUACUAAGGACUGUAUAUGUCGACAACUACGAAUGGUAUAUAAAUAAGACUAGACAUUUAAUAAUUUUACUUUUUAUAAUUUGUUAUUAUCGUUUCUCGGUGAAAAUUAAAUUUCUUCGAAUUUAUUUUAUCGAACAACAUGCAUCCGGAUAAAUCAGUUAACAAUAAUUUUGCUAGAUAAAUAUUUAACUCAACUGCUAAUACCUUCAGACUUUAAAGUUCAAAUAUAAUACAAAUAUACAAUAUGGGUUUAUUGUCUGAAAAUUGUGAAACACAAUCAUUGAUAAAAAAACGAAAAGUGAGGUGGAACCAAAAACUGUCAAAGUGUCUUUUCAUUGUUGUAUUAUUCGUUAUUUUGAAACUGGCUCUUAUUUAUAUUUUAUACGUUUUAUUUAGAAAUGGACCAGAAUCCAAAGAGACACCAAAGGCAGCUGAGCGCACUUUUAUUGUUGAUUACGAACGUAAUGAGUUCCUAAAAGACGGCCAAGUAUUUCGAUAUGUAUCCGGUUCGCUCCACUAUUUUAGAGUUCCUAAACCUUAUUGGAAGGACAGAAUUAAGAAAAUGAAAGCAGCUGGUUUAAAUGCUGUAUCGACUUAUGUAGAAUGGAGUUUACAUGAACCUUACCCAGGUGUAUAUAAUUUUGAGGAUAUAGCUAAUUUGGAGUAUUUCCUGAAAUUAGUUCAAGACGAAGGGAUGUAUUUGUUGCUCAGACCUGGACCAUAUAUAAGCGCUGAAAGAGAUUUUGGUGGAUUCCCAUUUUGGUUAUUGAAUGUGGUGCCGAAAAAUGGUCUGAGAACAAAUGAUCCAAGUUAUAAAUAUUAUAUUGCUAAAUGGUUUGAUAUACUUAUGCCUAAAAUCGUUCCCUUUUUAUACGGAAAUGGUGGAAAUAUCAUUAUGGUUCAAGUAGAGAACGAAUAUGGAACUUACUAUGCGUGUAACCAUCAGUAUAUGAUAUGGUUACGAGAUUUGUAUAAAAGUUACAUUAAAUCUAAAGCUUUACUUUACACAACCGAUAUGUGUGGAGAUUCAUACUUCAAAUGUGGUACCGUUGCUGAUGUUUAUGCUACCGUGGAUUUUGGACCUUGGAAUAACAAUUUUAAUCAAUGUUUUCAACUCAUGAAAGAAUUUCAAAACGGAGGACCGCUAGUUAACUCCGAGUAUUAUACUGGUUGGGUGUCCUAUUGGGGUUCACCAUCGACCUUGAUAAGCUCUGAUAUAUUUUUGUCUACCAUGAAAGAAAUGUUAGCGUUAAAUGCAUCCGUUAAUAUAUUUUUGUUCCAUGGAGGGACGAAUUUCGGGUUUACUUCUGGUGCCGUCAAAAAAAAUAAUCAAAAUUAUAUGCCAUCAGAAACCUCAUAUGAUUUUACUGCUCUACUGAAUGAAGCUGGAGAUCCAACCGAUAAGUACAUUAAAGUUAAGAAAUUGCUCGAAGAAACUAACUUUGCAGUAUCAAACGAUAUAUCACCCGUUACAGCACCUAAAGGUGAUUAUGGAACAUUGAAAAUGCAGAAAUUGGUUAGUAUUUUCGAAAAGGUCGCGCAACGGAUUAAACCGAUUGAAAGUGAUGUUCCACUUGGUUUCGAAAUCAUGGGUAUAAACUCAGGAUUUGUAAUGUACGAGACUAUUUUGACAAACGAACAAAAAUUCGUCACAGCUCCUGUAAACCUUACAAUUAGCAAAAUCAGAGACCAAGCAACCAUCUUCUUGGACCAGGUACAAGUGAAUAUAAUACCUCGAAAAUAUGAAAAUUUACCUGUGAGCUUAAAUAUAAACAGUACAGUUCAAAAGCUAAGCAUUCUAAUAGAAAACCAAGGAAGAAUCAACUUAGGAAAUUAUAUAGAAGACAGGAAGGGUAUUUUUGAACCUGUAACCUUGGGUAACCAUGUACUUGGUCCGUGGAAGAUGAUAGCAUACCCUCUGAACGAAACGUCUUGGCUCUCGACUAUCGAACCACAUAAACGAACCGUAUUACCGGCAUUUUAUAAAACAACAUUUACAUUGCCAGAUAAUUUAUCAAAACCUUUAGAUACAUACUUGGAUCCUACUGGUUGGAAAAAGGGCGUUGCUUUUGUGAACGGGAUUAAUAUUGGUCGAUACUGGCCAUCGGCUGGACCACAAAUUACUCUAUACGUUCCAGCUUUAUUUCUAAUUCCUUAUCCUGGAGAAAACAGCAUCAUUAUGUUAGAGCUGGAAGGUGCUCCUAAAAAUUUGUCAAUUUCGUUAGUCAACAAACCUAAUCUCAAUGGUAAAAUAAACCAAGGAUCUUAAAUUUCUCAACAUAAUGUAAGAUAUAUCAACAUAAGUUCAUUUUUUUUCUUUAUUAUUUAAUUAAGGCGUUCAUAGGUAGCUAUCUAAGUCUACUGAUGUGUAAUUUUUUUUUUCAUAAUCGCGAUAUAGUAAUUAAAUAUUAACAUAAUAGGUUUAAAUAAAGAUUAUUAUCUGGA